AUGACUCUGUGCAAAGAAAUUCCUACUCUAAAACCCCAAUAUCUCAAAGAUAUCGCCCCACCCUACCCUUAUCUACUCAACGAAGUGGCUGGCUGGGCAUUUUUGUUCGAUGACUCCUUCGAUCUAGCAACAGUCAAGCCCGAAGAAGCCGCUCAGACCUUUGAUCUAUAUCGCAAUGUCACGGCUGGCAAGCAGCCAGAAGGAGAGGAGCCGCCGUUGGUCGCCGUCUGGAGACGUCUUUUGAGUCGAUUGGAUGCUGAUUCUUCUGAAAAUACUCGAUAUCGAUACCGCGAAUAUUGGGAAUGGACAAACCAAGCAACGGAAAGAGAGGCACAACAGCGUACGAAUGCAACAUUUCCGGAGCUGGAUGAGUUUAUCGCUGGUCGACGGGCUAGUGGUGGUUGUUACCAAGCUUUUGAUUGGGCAGAGGUUGCGGGCGGGUAUGAGCUGCCUUAG